CAAAGGGAGUUUCACAUGCUCUCAAGAUUGGCUCUGAUUUGUGGCUUUGUGAAAUGUGGGUAUGCAGGCUCAAAUUUCCCAGAGCACAUCUUUCCAGCUUUGGUUGGAAGACCAAUUAUAAGAUCAACUGCCAAAGUGGGAAACAUUGAAAUCAAGGAUCUUAUGGUUGGUGAUGAAGCAAGUGAAUUACGCUCAAUGUUGGAAGUUAACUACCCAAUGGAGAAUGGCAUAGUCCGGAACUGGGAUGAUAUGAAGCACCUCUGGGACUACACUUUUGGACCAGAAAAACUUAACAUCGACACGCAAAACUGUAAAAUACUACUGACAGAGCCUCCCAUGAACCCAACAAAAAACAGGGAGAAGAUUGUAGAGGUAAUGUUUGAGACAUACCAGUUUUCUGGGGUAUAUGUCGCCAUUCAGGCUGUUCUUACUUUAUAUGCGCAAGGCUUAUUGACUGGUGUUGUUGUGGACUCUGGAGAUGGUGUCACUCAUAUUUGCCCAGUCUAUGAAGGUUUCUCCCUUCCUCAUCUUACAAGACGACUAGACAUUGCUGGGAGGGAUAUUACCAGAUACCUCAUUAAGCUGCUGUUGCUGCGAGGAUAUGCCUUCAACCAUUCUGCUGACUUUGAAACUGUUCGUAUGAUCAAGGAGAAGUUAUGUUAUGUGGGAUACAACAUUGAGCAGGAGCAGAAACUAGCCUUGGAGACCACAGUGCUAGUUGAGUCCUACACGCUCCCUGAUGGCAGGAUUAUCAAAGUUGGUGGAGAGCGGUUUGAGGCACCAGAAGCUCUGUUUCAGCCUCACUUAAUCAAUGUAGAAGGGGUUGGUGUUGCUGAACUGCUGUUUAAUACCAUACAGGCAGCUGACAUUGACACCAGGUCUGAAUUCUAUAAGCACAUUGUAUUGUCUGGAGGGUCCACUAUGUACCCUGGGCUUCCUUCACGACUGGAACGUGAACUUAAACAGCUGUACCUGGAACGGGUUCUGAAAGGAGAUGUGGAAAAACUCUCUAAAUUUAAGAUCCGUAUUGAAGAUCCACCUCGUCGAAAGCACAUGGUGUUUCUAGGUGGUGCAGUUCUAGCAGACAUCAUGAAAGACAAAGACAACUUCUGGAUGACCCGACAAGAAUACCAAGAGAAGGGAGUGCAUGUGCUGGAGAAGCUUGGUGUGACCGUUCGAUAAACUCCCAACCUUAUUCCUAUCACAUGUCUAAAGCUUUUAUUCCUUCAUUGCCAAUCUUUGAAUUCGUUCAGCUACAUGACAUAGAAAGACCUGUCUCUGCCCUUUGAUCCAGAGGUCAGGUUUUGUUCUGGCUUCUUGGGGUAGCUAUUGUUAAAUGUUUGUUAAUAUGGCUAAAUUUGACCACUUCCUUGCAAACAAAACAGAGCAAGAGCAGUCUGUAGACUGCAUUGUUCCUUCCCAGGAAGGCAAUUCUGGUAGACUUUUUUUUCUUCUGGGUUUAUUGCUGUAACGCUGCUGGCUUUUAUUUCUAGCUUACUGCGGGUGGUGUACCUUUCAUAAGACAUAAGAAAACCUUUCAGCAGCAGCUUUUACCAUCACAUUAAUGUGGUGUUUACCUUUGCAUCCUUGGACUCUGUUUCCAUUGGCCUUUUUUACCGCGGUUAGGAAUUCUGAUUAAAGCCAUAGUUAGGAACUGGUUUAACCAGCCCAAACAGCUUUCAAUGCGGUUCCAACAUAGUUUGACUCCAAAUGCACUGGUCACUUAGACUGCCUUCUAACACAGUUUAUCUGAAACUGUCUGACGAGUUCCUAAACAAAAUGACUUAAUCAAGGUGGUUUUUCAUGGUGUGUUUCUUCUGAAAGGCUAUCAAAGCAGUUGUUUCCACAAAACUUUAAAUUGUCAGAAACCUCCAAUAUUCUGACACAUUUAAAUUCUUGGCCUUACUGAUUCUUAGUAUUGUAUAGCUUUGCUGUUAGGGGAUACUGGGAUUCAACUUUAUUUAGAAAAAUUCUUUUUAUAGUUAAAUGUUGGUAUCAAGAUAUGUCCAUGUAAUAGAGAGCAAGAAAUGUUACAUUAUCAAUUGCAUUUCAUUGGGCUUGAGGCUUUAACUAAGAAAUUUUAGAGAAGCUGGGACUGGAGUCUGAAUCUUAAUCUAUUGAAAAAUAUUUUUUCAAAAAUGCCUGUAAUAAUUCUAAUUAGAUACAAUAAAAUAUCUCGACAAACGUGAGUUGUAAAAGCUUAUUGUAAAUGCUUUUGUGUACAUCAGAAGCACUUCUGUUAAAAUUUGCAAGUCCGUGAAUCCAGUGCCAAGUAGUUAUUACAAAUUAAUCUUUCAUCUUAACUGACCGAUGUUUGUUUAAAUAAAGCAAGUAGAUAUUUAUAACAACCACUGGCAGCGGGUUAUGAAGAAUGACCUAUAUUUGUUGCAGUUAAAAAUAACAGACAUGUGAGACUUAUUUCUAGUUGGUAAAUAUCCACAAUUCACUCUAUCCAGGCUCGAUUUUUGAUACUGAUAGGGAAGGAAGUAAAACCAGUGUUGUGAAUAUUGUUUCCAAAAAACACAAUUAAAAACUAAGCAACACUGAAAAA